CGGUGAGUGUGGAUGCAUGUUUGGCUGUGUAUAUGGGUGUGUCGAAGAAUUAUUGAUCCGGAAUUGAGCAGAGGAAGCAUCAAACAAGUGGUGGUGAGGGAAAACGACGACCGAAACGUGAAAAUUGUUUAGUGAUCUAUGUUGACUGACUUGUCGUAUUAUAUAGUGCAGCAUAGUACUCAUAGAAAAAUUAUUGAUCCGGAAUUGAGCAGAGGAAGCAUCAAACAAGUGGAGGUCAGGGAAAACGACGACCGAAACGUGACAAUUGUUUAGGGAUCUAUGUUGACGCCUUGUCGUAUUAUAUAGGGUAGCAUAGUACUCAUAGAAGUAUUUUUCUGCCAACUACAACUACUAUCGCCGCUAGUGGUGGAAGUCUCAAAACUCUUUCAAGCAGAGUUGGCGGGAUUCAGUUCUUACUAGGUAAAUAGGAAGCAUAACUAUAAGCACAUAUUUUGAACUCCCCUCAAAUGGCGUCUCAGAGUAUAGUUGGGUUCGUUGGCUUGGCCGAAUUGAGCUUAGAAUUGGCCGCUUCACUCCUUCGCUCUGGCUUUGGCGUUCAAGCCUUUGAGACAUGCAGUCCUUUGUUGGAAGAGUUUACUAAUCAAGGAGGAAUUAGUUGUACCAGUCCCGUAGAAGCUGGGAAAGAUGUGAUAGCAUUGGUCCUAUUGAUAUCUCAUGCAGAUCAAACAAAUGACGUACUUUUUGGUCACGAGAGUGCUUUGAAAGGAUUGCAGAAAGAUGCAGUCAUCAUUCUUCAUUCAACCAUAUUACCUGCUCAUAUUCAGAAGGUGGAGAAGCGUCUCACAGAGGAUUUUGAGAGAGCUUUCAUUGUUGACGUUUAUGUCUCUAAGGGAAAGUCAGAGGUUUUGAAUGGAAAAGUCAUGAUGAUUGCAUCAGGAAGUUCAGGUUCGACUACAAGGGCACGACCUAUUCUCUCUGCUAUGUGCGAAAAACUUUAUGUUUUCGACGGAGAACAUGGGGCUGGAAGCAAAAUUAAAAUGGUAGCAGAGUUGCUUGAGGGCAUUCAUUUUGUUGCUUCUGUGGAGGCCAUCUCUCUUGGUGCUCAAGCUGGUAUUCAUCCAUGGAUACUAUAUGAUAUCAUCUCUAAUGCUGCUGGAAAUUCAUGGGUUUUCAAGAAUUAUGUACCCCAAUUGCUAAAGGCUGAGCAAACGAAAUAUCUCCUGAAUACAUUUGUUCACAGUUUGGGGAUUGUUUUGGAUAUGGCCAAAUCAUGCAUGUUUCCUCUUCCUCUUCUAGCAGUUGCUCAUCAACAACUAAUAGCAGGCUCUUCUCACAGUCAUGGAGAUGAUGACAUUAAACUAAUCAAGGCUUGGGAGGAAGUAUAUGGAGUGAACAUUUCAGAUGCAGCCAAUGCAGAAACUUAUAGCCCUGAGGAAUUGGGAAAACAAAUAACUGCAGGAACAACUCCUGGAAACCGGAUUGGUUUUAUUGGUCUUGGAGCAAUGGGGUUUGGCAUGGCAACUCACCUGCUGAAAUCAAAUUUCUGCGUUCUCGGUUAUGAUGUGUAUAAACCUACUUUAUCUCGGUUUGUGAAUGAAGGUGGCUUGACUGGGAGCUCUCCAGCGGAAGUCUCCAAAGAUGUCGAUGUGCUUGUUAUCAUGGUCACAAAUGAAGCUCAAGCUGAAAAUGUUCUAUAUGGAGAUCUUGGUGCUGUGUCAGCCCUUCCAUCUGGAGCAUCUAUUGUCCUUUCGUCCACUGUUUCUCCUGCAUUUGUCAAUCAGCUAGAGCGGCGCUUGCAAAACGAACACAAGGAUUUGAAGUUGGUGGACGCUCCUGUUUCUGGUGGUGUCAAGAGGGCCUCCAUGGGUACACUUACGAUAAUGGCAUCAGGUAUGGAUGAAGCUCUUAAGCAUGCUGGCCCUGUCCUCUCAGCUUUAAGUGAGAAGCUUUAUGUUAUCAGAGGAGGUUGCGGGGCUGGAAGUGGGGUAAAGAUGGUUAAUCAACUUCUUGCUGGAGUUCAUAUAGCAUCAGCGGCUGAGGCAAUGGCAUUCGGGGCUCGUUUGGGUCUUAAUACAAGAAAGUUAUUUGAUGUCAUUGCAAGUAGUGGAGCAACAUCAUGGAUGUUUGAGAAUCGGGUUCCACACAUGGUGGAAAAUAAUUUUACGCCAUUAUCUGCACUUGACAUAUUUGUGAAGGAUCUGGGUAUUGUUUGUCGUGAAUGUUCACACCGCAAAGUUCCACUUCACAUUGCUAGUGCUGCACAACAGUUGUUCUUAUCAGGUUCUGCAGCUGGAUGGGGGCAGUUAGAUGAUGCUGCUGUAGUCAAGUUUUACGAGACACUCACAGGUGUAAAUGUUGAAGGGAAACUACCCAUUCUAAAGAAAGAACUUGUCUUGAAAUCUCUUCCAACUGAAUGGCCUCUGGAUCCCACUGAUGGUAUACGUACAAUGCAUCAGAGCAAUUGGAAAACGUUGGUUAUUCUGGACGAUGACCCAACUGGUACUCAGACAGUUCAUGAUAUUGAAGUGUUAACAGAAUGGAACAUUGAGUCACUUGUUGAACAGUUUGGUAAAAAGCCUACAUGCUUUUUUAUUUUGACCAACUCGCGCUCUCUAAGUUCUGAUAAGGCCAGUGCACUGAUUGGAGACAUAUGCCGAAACCUAUGUGCUGCAGCAAAGUUAGUUGAGAACACCGACUUUACAGUGGUUUUGCGUGGUGAUUCAACAUUACGAGGUCAUUUUCCAGAGGCAAGCUAGGAAGCGGAUGCAGCUGCUUCCGUACUGGGUGAGAUGGAUGCAUGGAUCAUCUGCCCCUUUUUCGUUCAGGGAGGCCGUUACACCAUUGAAGAUGUACAUUAUGUUGCUGAUUCUGAGUGGCUUGUACCGGCAGGGGACACCGAAUUUGCCAAAGAUGCUGCUUUUGGCUAUAAAUCUUCAAACCUCCGUGAGUGGGUAGAGGAGAAAACUAGAGGCAGAAUACAAGCGAACUGUGUUACAUCCAUCUCCAUCCAACAUUUGAGGAAGGGUGGACCAAAUGCUGUUUGUGAGCAUCUUUGCAGUUUGCAGAAGGGAUCUACCUGUAUAAUUAAUGCAGCUAGUGACAGAGAUAUGGCUGUAUUUGCAGCCGGAAUGAUCCAGGCAGAAUUAAUGGGAAGGCGUUUCUUAUGCCGCACUGCUGCUAGUUUUGUUUCUGCUCGACUGGGAAUUACUCCGAAAGCUCCUAUUUUGCCUGAGGAUCUGGGAAUUGUUAAAGGAAGGAGUGGGGCACUCAUCGUUGUGGGUUCAUAUGUCCCGAAAACAACAAAGCAGGUUGAAGAACUUAAAUCACAAUGCAGCCGCAUACUAAGAAUUAUUGAGAUUUCUGUUGAUAAAAUAGCCAUGAAAUCCGUAGAAGAGAGGGACGAAGAAAUAAAUCGAACAGCUGAGAUGGCAGAUAUUUUCCUUGGAGCUUGCAAGGACACUCUAAUAAUGACUAGCCGAGAGGUCGUCACAGGGAAAAGUCCUUUAGAGAGUCUAGAGAUCAAUUUUAAGGUGAGCUCCGCCCUGGUGGAAAUUGUUAGGAGGAUAACUUCAAGACCUCGUUAUAUUCUUGCAAAGGGUGGAAUUACCUCCUCAGACCUUGCUACAAAAGCUCUAGAAGCAAAACGUGCCAAAAUAGUUGGGCAAGCAUUAGCAGGUGUUCCAUUGUGGCAGCUAGGUCCUGAAAGUAAACAUCCGGGUGUUCCUUAUAUCGUUUUCCCUGGUAACGUUGGUGAUAGUAAAGCUCUUGCAGAAGUUGUGAAAUCUUGGGCUCGUCCAGUCAGACUUUCGUCAACCAAGGAGUUGCUACUUAAUGCAGAAAAAGGUGGAUAUGCAGUCGGAGCAUUCAAUAUUUACAAUCUGGAAGGAAUUGAGGCAGUUGUUGCUGCUGCAGAGGAAGAGCAAAGUCCUGCUAUAUUACAGAUCCAUCCUAGUGCCUUGAAGCAAGGGGGAAUUCCCUUGGUUGCAUGUUGCAUCGCUGCUGCAGAGCAAGCCUGUGUUCCAAUCACUGUUCAUUUUGAUCAUGGAAAUUCCAAGAGAGAAUUGGUGGAAGUUCUUGAGCUGGGAUUUGAUUCUGUAAUGGUUGAUGGUUCACACCUUCCCUUCAAGGACAAUAUUUCGUACACAAAGUUCAUUUCAUUCUUGGCUCACUCAAAACGUAUGAUGGUGGAGGCUGAAUUAGGGAGGUUAUCUGGAACUGAAGAUGACUUGACUAUUGAAGACUAUGAAGGGAAGAUGACUGAUAUUGAGCAGGCUGAGCAAUUCAUUGAUGAGACUGGUAUAGAUGCCUUGGCAGUUUGUAUCGGCAAUGUCCAUGGAAAAUACCCUCCAAGUGGCCCUAAUCUCAGACUUGACUUGCUUAAGGAUCUUCACGUCUUAAGCGCAAAGAAGGGAGUCCAUCUUGUUCUUCAUGGAGCUUCUGGAUUGCCCAGGGAACUUGUCAAGGAAUGCAUAGAGCGGGGUGUGAGGAAGUUCAAUGUGAAUACUGAGGUGAGGAGGGCUUACAUGGACUCCAUAAGCUGCCCCCAGAACGAUCUCAUCCAUGUUAUGGCAUCCACAAAGGAAGCCAUGAAACUAGUUGUUGCUCAAAAGAUGCAUCUAUUUGGCUCUGCUAGAAAAGCGUGCUAAAAAUCUUAUGUUGGACAGAGAAAGGUACUUUCAAGCUUUUCCUACCGCUUGAAGUCUGUUGAACAACAAUUCUCAUUUUCUUGUGAUGUGCAAAAGAUAUGCUUUAUGAAUGAUUAGUAUUCCUGUUUGUUACAGCCUAUAAGGAUUGCUUAUGGCCUUGUUAUGGUGUAUAUUCAUGCCUGAUUGUUUGUCAUAGCCCUUGCAAAGGCAAAAGCGCUCAACAUAAAUUGAAAAAACUGAUCAUUGUAGGUUUCGGUAGUUGUGUUUUUGAGAUUAUGAUUGUAUUUUGGUUGCUUUUA